GGGAGGUGCGGGAAAGUAUGUAGUCUUGUGUGUGGCGGUAUGAGUAAAAUGGACUGAAACACGUGGUUUUCGUAGUGAAGUUUUGCUAUGAAGCUCUGAAGGAAAGUUUUUAUUUUGCUUCCUCAUACUACAGUGGUGGCUGAUUCUGGAGAACACAAGAUAACGCCGUUAAUUGCAAUUAACUGACGGUAGAAGAUUGUUUCAUUUGGGCCGAAAGUUCAUGGGAUACUCACGACCAAUUUAUAUGUAAGAAGAACACAUAACACACGGUUAGAACUGGAGACUGCAUGGGCUAAAGAAUUUUUGAAUAAGUUACAGCUCAAGAGUGUGAAGAAAAGAGUGUGUGUGGAUACUUCCAGUUGUGACUCAGAACAUGGUAUUUUAUUAUUAUGAAUAUGUAUAUUAUGUUGAGCCCUGGCCAUUCUCUGAGACUAUGUCCAAAUUGGUACUGAAUUCAAGUUUCACUGCUUUCGUGAGAAGACUUCCCAGAGUAAAAUAUUUCCACACAGAUACAAAACAUCUUUCAAGCCAGUCACCACAAAAUCGUCGUACGUAUGUGAAAUAUGGUACACUGGUGUUUGCAACAGGCCUAGGCACAGUAUACUAUUACCAGCUGACAGAUCAUGAGAAGCGAAAGCUCCGAGUCACUUUGAGUGGCAUUGGCCGAUUUUUCAGGUCUUUGAGAACAGGGCUAACAAUAUCAGCAGAUUACUGGUGGUCUCUUUGGGGUCUGGAAGAGGGAACUAAAGAGUAUGAGGACGCUGUUCAUCCGUUACACCAGCGCGCUGCUGACAGGAUUCUAGACGCCUGUCUGAGGAAUGGGGGUCUGUACAUAAAGCUGGGUCAAGGACUCGUGUGUCUCAAUCACAUUUUACCGAAUGAGUAUUUGGAAACAUUAAGAGCACUUCAAGAUAAGUGUUUGACUCGAGAGAAGGGUGAAUUGAAGCGGUUAUUUCUGGAGGAUUUUGGUGUGCCCCAUACAGAGAUAUUUGAAAGUUUUGAUGAGGAACCCAUUGCUGCUGCGAGCUUAGCACAGGUGUACCAUGCUAAAACCAAAGAUGGGAGAGAAGUUGCUGUGAAGGUGCAGUAUAUAGAUCUCCAAGAUCGCUUUAUUGGUGAUGUUUCAACCAUCAAACUGUUGCUGAAAGUAGUUGGAUUGAUGCAUCCAAACUUUGAUUUUGAGUGGGUUCUUGAGGACCUACGAGAAACUCUGGAACAGGAACUUGACUUUAUUAAUGAAGGCAGAAAUUCAGAACGCUGUGCAAAAGAUCUCUCCAAGUUCUCAUUUGUUUAUGUACCUCAAGUUCUGUGGAAUUUGAGUACCAAGAGAAUUCUGACUACAGAGUUCAUCCAUGGUACUAAAAUCAGCAAUGUUGACUCAUUAAGGAGAGAGGGUUUCUCAUUGGCCGAAAUUGACAGGAAGUUGUUCCGAGCAUUUGCUGAACAGAUAUUCCAUACAGGAUUUGUGCAUGCAGAUCCACAUCCUGGAAAUGUGCUUGUUAGGAAGGCUGCGGAUGGGAAAGCAGAGCUUGUUUUGUUGGAUCAUGGCCUCUACGAGUAUCUACUGCCCUCUGUACGCCAACCCCUCUGUCGUCUAUGGAAAGCAAUUGUUAUGAAUAAUCAUUUCGACAUGAGGACUCAUGCACGUGACUUAGGUGUGGAAGACUAUUGCCAACUAGUUGAAAUUUUAACACAGAGACCGUUGAAUGUCAGUAUCAAAUUUAAGACAAGAUUAAGUGAAGAAGACAUAAUGUACAUGACAGAAUUGGCACGUCGUAGGUUUGAUAAAGUUAUGGAAGCUCUUCGUUCCAUGCCAAGAUCCAUGUUAUUAGUCAUUAGGAACUUGAAUACUGUACGAGCUAUUGCUAGAGACCAUGGGGAUCCUGUAGAUCGGUAUGUCAUGUUGGCUCGUAGUGCAUCCCAGGGACAGUUCCUGUCAGAUCAGGCUGGAGUACUUCAGAGGAUGUCUGCAUUCAGAGAUCUCCUCUUCUUUGAAUUUAUGCUAUGGUACCUUGGUGCAAAAGUGCGAUUCAUUCAGCUGUAUUUCAUGGUGCUACGAUUUGUGGGAAGGGCCCCUGAUGUAUCAACUCUUAUGAUACAAUAGAUCCAUUUAAUUCAUUAUUGAAAAUCAGGAGUACCAUAACAGUAGCAAUGAUUUCACAAUACCUUGGUACUCAAAUUCCAUAGGACUUGUGGUACAUAAAUGAGAACUCUGAAUUUCUGCCUUCAUUAAUAAAGUCAAGUUCCUGUUCCAGAGUUUCUUGUAGGUCCUGUAAGGCACACACAAAGAUAUUGCGUUCACUUUCAGGCUGCUGUGAAUAUUGAACUCAAUAUAUUGCUCUUCACCAACAGCUGAAUCUGUCAAACUGAGAAUUUUGUAAUAAAGAAUGAAAAAGAUAACAUAA